AUGAUAACACUAGAUGAUGAAGAUGAGAUACCAGCCAUACCUUGUUCAAACAAAAUAUUUAUUGAUGCUGACGAGCAAUCAAGUCUUGAUGGUACAAAACUCAACAAUCUCUUUGCUUUUACCAGUCCACAUCGUAGUCUAAGUGAAUCAAUGAAAGUCGUAACGAGUCGUCAUGGAUCUGUAGAAGAUUUAAAAUAUAUUAAUGAGACUAGUAAUAUUCUAAUAGAUCCAACAUUACUUACAAAUGAUCAAGAAGAACAUAUCUAUCAAGAGUUGAAUCAAACAAAUCAUGAAAUGACACCAUUACCAACAAACACUGUGAAUAAUAGUGCUAGUAAGAUGUAUCCAUUGGUGCCGAUUAACUGUCAACCAUUAAAAGAAUCACUGAAAUCGAUCAAACUUAACAGGUAG